AUGGCAACACCUCACGAUGAGAAAGACGCCAUCACUCACAUUGAGCAGACGUCGCAAACAACCUGUUCACAAAAGGUCGAUGCUGCAGCCAAGUUCCUCGAAAACGCUCGCGUGGAAAACGUUUCCUUCACGUACAAGGAAGAGCGUGCAGUCCUGAAGCGCAUCGAUCUCCGUGUCCUACCACUCCUACUCGGCGCAUACUUCUUCCAGCAACUCGAUAAGUCCAGCCUGUCUUACGUCUCCAUCUUCGGGAUACAGAAAGAUGCUGGUCUGGUUGGGAGGCAAUACUCAUGGCUCAGUUCUAUCCUCUACCUCGCUCAGCUGGUCAUGCAACCCCUCGCGGCCUUCCUCCUCGUCAAGCUUCCAACCGGGAAAGUCAUUGCUGGUGCGGUCCUCCUCUGGGGCUCUAGUUUAGCUAUCAUGUCAUCCUGCACCAGCUUCCAUAGUCUCCUUGGUCUUCGGUUUUUACUUGGCAGCUUCGAGGCUAUGAUUGCGCCCGCUUGCGUCGCCGCUACAACGAUGUGGUGGAGACGGAGCGAGCAGACAUUGCGGACUGCGUCCUGGUCAGCUAUGAACGGAGUUACGUUCAUCGUCGGAUCGCUAUUCACUUAUGGACUUGGACACAUCCACAGUGACGUGCUGUACAAGUACCAGAUCAUCUUCCUCUUCUGCGGUCUUCUGACCGUCCUUUAUGGCUUCGUUGUCCUAGUCUUCAUGCCCGACUCGCCAAUGUCAGCGAAAUACCUGACAGAUCGCGAGAAGGUCAUCGCAACGGAGCGACUGAGAGCAAAUCAAAUGGGCGUGCAAUCCGGUAUCUGGAAGUGGGAACAAGUACGUGAGACGUUCCUAGACCUGAAGACAUGGUGUUGGUUCGUCAUCAUCGUCGCCAUCUCCAUCUCAAGUGGAGGCAUCGGUACUUUCGGCAACCUAAUCAUCAAAGACUUCGGCUACACCAACUUCGAAGCCAUCCUCUUCAACAUCCCGCUCGGCGCAAUCCAAAUUAUCGCUAUCCUGGGAUCCAGCUGGGGCGCCACGAGGUUCAAGUGCAAAGGCCUCGCGAUAGCGCUGGUCUCGGUUCUGCCUAUCGUCGGUACGGUCAUGAUGCUGACGGUUCCACGCCGAUACAAGGGCGUGCUGCUGUUCGGAUACUACCUCGUAUCCUGUCUCGCGGCCAUCACGCCUAUCAUAUAUACAUGGCACAUCCAAAACACCGCGGGAGACACGAAGAAGAAAUGCACAUCUGCCGUGGUCUUUGUCGGAAUGUGUGCUGGCAACGUCAUCGGCCCGCUGCUUUUCUCACUCGACGAUGCGCCGCUGUAUCGACCAGGUCUCAGUGCGAGCCUGGUUAUGUUUGUCAUUGUGGGGGUUGUUUCUUUGCUGAUUCCGAUAUAUCUGGCGCUGCUUAAUAGGCGCCAUGCGAAGAGGAGAGAGGAGGUAGGCAAAGCGGCGGUGAGGUUGGAUGAGAGUAUGUUGAAGAAGGCGGACAUGGCGCUUUGCAAGGUCGUGGAGGUGGAAGAGGGUGGAAGGAGGCAAGGGCAGGAGACAGACAACGGAUUCAGUGACUUGACUGACAUGCAGAACGAGGACUUCAUAUACGUGUAUUAG